AUGAUGUACGAAGAAUAUGAUGAUUUUCCUUUGUGCUUUGUAAAAGCCAUUCGUAUAUAUUUGAAUGGGGAUUCUUCAAAGUACACAGAUUUGAAGAUUGCAUAGAAUACAACAUGGAAUGAUAUUUAAACACAACUAGAUUAGAGAUUUGGGAAAUUUAAGGAGAUGAGGUUGUUUACAUAAUAAGGUGUAGAGAUCUUUGAUGAUGAUGUAAAGUUUUUUAAGGACGGAUAAUCUUUCUAUGCUUCUCGAGGAGAUGAAUUUGAUCCUUAUUCGCCAUUCUCAUAAUAUGAAACGAUAAAAUAAUUGGGAGAAGGAGGUUUUGGGUGUGUGACACUUGCUAAGCAUAGGAUCACAGGUGAAUUGGUUGCAAUAAAGAUUAUAAAAAUGAUAGGAAAUGCUUAGGACAUAGAACUAAAUUUUCGAGAAGCAGAAGUUCUUCGUUCUUUGAGUCACAAAAACAUAGUAAAAGUGUAUAAUUCAUAUGCAUUAAAAAAUACUUAAAUGGCUGUGAUAAUGGAAUAUUUGGAAGGCGGUGAGUUGAGUGAUAGAUUGAAGUAGAAAGGAGGGAGAUUUUCAGAGGAAGAGGCAUGCAAAUAUUUCAGAUAGAUAGUUUGUGCAAUUUCGUAUUGUCAUUAAAAGAAUGUAGUUCAUCGGGACUUGAAAUUGGAGAAUUUGUUAUUCAAUUUUGGUAUAGCUGGAAUUCAAUGUCCAACAAAUACUGAUCAUGUGAAUAUUGGUAGUUUGCAUUACAUGGCUCCCGAGAUUCUUGCAGGUAGAGUGACCAGAGUGAGCACUUCUGUGGAUAUCUGGGCCAUGGGGAUAAUAUUGUAUAAAAUGUUGUUCGGGAAUGUUCCUUUCAAUGGGAAAACUCAACAAGAUAUAAUUAAUAACAUAAUAUCCAAGGAAUUGCAAUUCCCACCCAAUAAUUUGAGUGAGGAAGUUAUCGGUUUGUUGAAUCAAAUGUUGGAGAAGAACAACGAAUAAAGAUAUCGUAUUACAGAUGUGGAAUAUCAUCCUUGGGUAAAUACAGAUCAAAGAACUGCUCAACAGAAACAAAUGUUUCUAUAGAUACCAUCAGAAGGAAAUAUUCGUAAAGCUAGACCCUCUGCCAGUCCGAGAGCGAGAAGCAAAUCACCCAAUCCCACAGGCAUUCUUAAACAUCCUAAUAUAUUCAAAUUAUGA